AUGUCUCUCAAAUACAACAAGGUUCUUGUGCUAGGCGCGACAUCCGGCAUCGGCUGGGCGCUGGCGGAGAAGAUUGUGCAAGACGGCAAACAGGCCAUCAUCGUCGGACGGCGGCAAGAAAAGCUAGACGAAUUCCAGAAGAAGCACGGCAGCGACAAGGUCGACAGCUUCGUCAUGGACAUUACCAAGCUCGACCAGAUCCCGCAAUUCGUCAAGGAUGUAACGAGCAAGCACCCCGAUCUUGACUGCGUAUUCCUCAACUCGGGCAUCCAGCGCGGCUUCGACUUUUCCAAGCCCGAAACGGUGGACUUGGAUGUGCUAGAAUUGGAGUUUAGGACAAACUACCUGUCGUACAUGCAUCUCACAACGGCAUUAAUCCCGUUCCUGCAGAAGCAAGACAAGGAGACGUCGCUCAUCUACACGACAUCUGGUCUCGCACUCAUGCCGCUACCGCGGUGUCCCAACUACUGCGCGUCGAAAGCAGCUCUCCAUCACAUGAUCCUGGUGCUUCGCCACCAACUAGCAAACGGACCCGGAAACAUCAAAGUGGUUGAAAUCUUCCCCCCAGCCGUGCAGACGGAACUGCACGACGCCAAGCACCAGCCGGACAUCAAGGACGGCGGCAACAUUGGCAUGCCGCUGGGCGAAUUCACAGACGAAGCGUGGAAGGGCUUGGUCGAGGGCAAGGAGCAGAUUCCGGUGGGGUUUGUGACAAAGGCUUUUGACGCGUUUGAGAAUAAGAGACAGGAUAUGUAUAAGCAGAUUUUCCUGUCGUAA